UAUCCUUGUAAUAAAGCUUGCCCGAAUUAAAUUAGCUACGGCGAUCUUCCCUAGCCCCAGCAACUCCUCUUUCCAUUUCCGUUAGCUCAAUUCUACUGUUCACAGAAACCUCUGAGAAAGACGUAUCAAUUACACGCGCCCCACAAUCAAAUUCCAACACUUAUAAUAUCAGAUUAGGGUUCUUUACAUUAACAAAAUUUAAUUAAACCGAUAUACGAAAUUACGAUUGAAAGAUUUUCAUCAUCACUACCAUUAGGGUUUUUGUUAUGAUCGGAUUGGUUUCAAUCCGGCACGUGUUAGAUUCGAGCAAGCUUGUGAUUGUACGGAAGUAUUCGUGUUUCUGCCGUUGAAAAAAAUUGGUUAUGGAUUCAGACGAGGGCGGAGGAAAUAAGCGCGUGUUCCAGCGGUUGGGAGUUGGGCCUUCAACGAGCGACACAAAGCAGAAAGUUUGUUACCAUUGGCGGGCAGGAAAGUGUAACAGAUUUCCAUGUCCAUUCUUGCACAGAGAAUUGCCGCUUCCGCCGCACACGAUGGGGCCAGCCAACGGAACCCCAACGAAGCGGUUUGCGAAUUCGUCGUGGGGUCGGGUUGCGAAUAAUAAUCGGGUGGUGAGGAAGACAGAGAAAAUAUGUACUUAUUGGGUUGAAGGGAAGUGUGGUUAUGGAGAGAAGUGUAGGUUUUUGCAUUCCUGGUUUCUGGGUGAGGGUUUCAGGCUGUUGACGCAGCUUGAAGGCCACCAGAAGGUUGUGAGUGGAAUUGCGUUGCCUUCCGGAUCCGAUAAGCUUUAUUCAGGAAGUCAAGAUGAGACUGUGAGGGUUUGGGAUUGUGCGUCUGGUCAGUGUCUGGGUGUGGUUAAUCUAGGUGGUGAAGUUGGCUGUAUGAUUAAUGAAGGUCCUUGGAUGUUUGUGGGUCUACCAAAUAUUGUCAAGGCAUGGAAUACCCAAACUAAUACUGAUCUCAGUCUUGGUGGACCUGUAGGACAAGUUUAUGCUAUGGCGGUGGGGAAUGAUUUGCUCCUAGCUGGUACACAGGACGGGUCUAUAUUGGCAUGGAAAUUUAAUGCUGCUGCCAAUGGCUUUGAACCGGCGGCAUCACUCAAAAGUCACAAUCUUGCAGUUGUAUCAUUAGUGGUUGGAGCUAAUAGACUUUACUCUGGUUCUAUGGACAAUUCUAUAAAAGUCUGGAGUCUUGGAACUUUGCAGUGCAUACAAACUUUAAGUGAGCAUACUUCAGUUGUCAUGUCCCUUCUUUGUUGGGAUCAGUUUCUCUUAUCAUGCUCAUUGGACAAAACAAUAAAGGUGUGGGUUGCCACAGAAAGUGGAAACUUGGAAGUGACAUAUACUCACAAUGAAGAAUAUGGGUUGCUUACCAUGUGUGGAAUGCCUGAUUCAGAAGGCAAGCCAGUCUUGUUGUGCUCUUGCAAUGACAACUCCGUUCGCCUCUAUGAUUUACCAUCGUUUUCUGAAAGGGGUAAAAUUUUUGCCAAGCAGGAGAUUCGAUCCAUUCAAGUAGGUCCUGGUGGUCUGUUUUUCACUGGUGAUGGAACUGGUCAAGUGAAAGUGUGGCAAUGGUGGAAUGGACCAGCUGCCUCAGCUUGAUGGCCUGUGAAAUUAUAUUUGCAGUGAUGUAUUUUUAAUCUUCAUUAUUUUAUAUCAUUUUGUUUUAUAUUUUAGGUUUUCUUUUGAUAUUUAAGUUUGCGGGAGUAAUUAUAAGUUGAGAUGCCAUUUAUGUCAUCCUAGUUGUUGAAGUUUAGCAGCAAUGGUAGACACCUUAUCACCUUACAACUGUCAUUUUUCUUAGGUAGCUGUCAUAAGUUGUAACAGUUAACAGUUCCAAAACUCUACAUUACGUAUAGCAUUUCCAGCCUUUCAUCAAAUAUGCAAGUAGUUUUUUCUAAGUUGCCUUGAAUUUUCAAAGUCUUCCUCUGGUUAUAUCCAUCACCUGUAUGCUACAAUUUGUAAUGUAAUGAUAGCCUAAUGAAUGCAACAAUUUGAGUCGUUAUGUUGUGGUAUUUGCCAACGCCUUACCAUUAUAAGGCCAAUGGGAGGUUGGGAGGGUCUUUUAUGUUUUCAUUUAUGUAUAACAAACGUUGAAUAUUGCUCUUCUUUUUUCUUUUCUGGUAAUUUGAUCUAGUAGCUAAAGUUCA